GCUAAAAGUGUCAACAGUUUAGUCUGUGGUUUGUCAAAGCAUCCGUAUAAAAGUUAUCUAUGUGUCAAAGUCAAUGCAUCUGACAUUACUUGUGAAACACGUGCUUAUAUUGAAAAAGUUUGUUGACUAUCUUUAAAUUAACCGGUCCACGAAUGUAAUUAUGAAUUGAUUCUAAUUUAGUUUAUCAUAUAUUCAAAAUAAAUGUACAGAGCUUUACUGAAAACUAUCAAACUUUUAAUAAAUAGUGGUAUACAUCAAUAUGUUUAAAUGAAAUUGAUGAACCUGUGGAAUUAAAACAAAGUAAUUAUUCUCCGAACAAAAUAUAAUUUAACGAAAUGAAUGAAUUGGAGAUAUUUUUUAAAGAUUUUCAACAGCUAACAAAAAAACCAGAACAGUUUUUGAGUGCUGAUGAGAAUCUUCCUGAAUCAAUAAAGACAAAUUUAAAAGAUUUUUAUGAUUUUCUAAAAAAACAAGAAAAAAAAUUGGCAAAUUCAAAAGGAUUGCCAAAAUUACAUAUUAAAAAUUUUGAUACUGAACAAAUUUGGCAAGAGAUUGAACUACAAAAUAAUAGUGUCCUUACAAAAUCUGUACACAGUAUUCCCAAAUUAUUAAUAAAUAAAGAAAAAUUAGUAUUUUCGAAUUUGGAAAGUUUAAAUGAAGAGGAAGAAAGUGAAGAUGAUAAAAAUGAAGAAGAAAAGGAUAAUCACUCUGAUAUAUCUAUAACAAAUGAACUAUUAGAUAAACAAGAUUGUGACGAUACUGAUAGCCAUUCAGAAAAUGAAUUGAAUUCUUCAACUAAAGAAAAUUUCACUUCUAAGAAAGAAUCGGUAGUAGAUGACGAUUUUUUCAAGCUGGACGAAAUGGAAAAUUUUUUGAAAACUGAAGAAAAGAAGGAGCAGCAUACAGAAAAGAACUCUAAGAAACAAGAAGAAGAUUCGGAAUCCGACGAAGAAGAAGAUAGUAUAGAUCUAUUUGAGGAAGAAUCAGAUGAAGAAAACGACAAGAGUCGUACAGCAAAAUUCAAAGAUUUCUUCAGAGCUAAUAAUCCUGAAGGAGAAAAAAAAACAAAAAGAAAUAAAUUUUUUGAACAGAUGGACAUUGAAGAACAAAACUACCCUGACGAAGAAAUACCAAAUCAUCCAGAGCAAAAAUCUACAUUGGAAUUGAGACAAGAAAGACUUGAGAAGAAAAUUGGAGAACUAGAAGAGAAUGCUAUUAGUGACAAACCGUGGACGUUGAAAGGAGAAAUUUUAGCAGAGAAUAGACCACAAAAUUCGUUAUUAGAAGAAAUUUUAGAAUUCGAUAUGACAUCUAGACCAGCUCCAGUUAUAACAGAAACCACUACCAUGCAACUGGAUUCUAUAAUAAGGCAACGAAUCAAAGAUAAAGCUUUUGAUAGUGUUAUCAGGAAGGAAAAACCCCUUCUAACUCCAUUAGAAUACAAAAAGAAACUCACUUUGGACCAAGAAAAAAGCAAACAUUCAUUAGCUCAGAUUUACGAGAAGGAAUAUCUUGAAGAACAAGCUGCCUUAGAUCCUACUAAUGCUGAUAAAGAUGAAGAAGAACCAGAGUUACAUAAAGAAAUAAAAACUAUGAUGCGUGAUUUAUUUAAUAAACUAGAUGCACUUUCAAACUUCCAUUUCACCCCGAAACCCGCUAUACCCGAAAUGAAAAUAAUUAAUAAUUUGCCAGCGAUUACUAUAGAAGAAGUAGCUCCAGUUACUUCGACCGAAGCAUCUCUUCUAGCUCCAGAAGAGAUUAGAAAUAAACCGAAAGGAGAUAUUCUUGGUGAUAGCGAAAAGACUAAAACGGAUAAAAAGAGGGAAAGAAGGAAAAAGAAGCUGAAGCAAAAGAAACACCAUGUUCUUAUUAGUAAAAAUAUGUUAUCUAAUGGCAAGAAGAAAGACGAUAAUGCAGUUCUUAAACAUAGAAAUACGAAAAUGAUGGAACAGAAGAAUAGUAAAAAGAUAAGUUCUAAACAAUUCUUUACACAGCUGCAGGAAGAGGCUAAGAGUCACAUCAACAAAAAAAUUCAAACUACCACAAAAGAAAAAAAUAAAUUAAACGCUAGAAAAAUUAAAUUAUAAUAUUCAAUAUUAUUGUUUAUUUAU